AUGUCAGUGUCGUCCUACGCCCCCGGCGAAUCCGUAUCGUAUGGGGGCGCCCCCCCCCCCUCUCUCUCUCUCUCUCUCUCUCUCUCUCUCUAUUUAGUCCUCCCUGCCUCCCUGUCUCCCUCUCCUCCCUCUCUCUCCCCACCGCUCUCCCCGGUGCCCUAAUUCCCAGGGGCCCCUCUCCCCCUUCGUCGGAGCGCCGGCCGUGCUGCUGGGUAAUUGGCAGCCUUGUGCUCAGAGGCCGCCUGAGCCAGUUGAAUCAGGUGAGUUGGCCUCUGCUGCUUCUGUUGCUGGUUUCAUUCUCACUGGUUUUGUGUGAUUGUUGCAUCUCUUCUGGGUUUUGCCUGCUCCGGCUCUUGCUUCCCCGGUCCCAGAUGUUCUAUGUACUGAUAUGCUGUUUUCUGGCGUUGUUGCGACGGGGUUGGUUUUCGUUUGGUCUUGUAAGUCUGGGAUUACUCCUGGGGGUUUGUCGACGUUGCUAGGGUUUGGCGCUUUUUGCGUUUAGAUGGCUCUUUCUUUGGCAGUUCAGCCGUUGAUUAUGCAUAUGGGGGUCUUUUGCUGCUUGCCAAACGUUUUCUAGUCUCUGCGGGUUCCAGAUUCGGAGGUAGAAUUUUUCCGAGAAGAACUCAUGGAAGGCAUUGUACAGGGAAAUGAUAUAUUUUUUUGAAUUGGGUGAAGUGUGAUGUUGCUGGACAUAUGAAUUGAUUGUUGAGAGUCGAGGAAACUCUAAACUGAUCGGCAGAAGUUAAUGCACACAUUCCAGUUUAGUUCCCUAGCGACUAUCUUAGCCCUACCAUUGUUGAACCUUGGUUGGUGCUUGAUGGAAAAUUAAUGCUGCUCUUCCCUUUCUGCAGUACAGUUCCGUGUAAGGAUCUGACAGUCGUGGGUACCCCUUGUUUCUUGUAUUCUGCUAGCUGCAGCAGAGAUGCACCUCUCCAUGUACCCUAUUUGCGCAGUCUCUUAUGGGGGCUUUCUGAAUAUGUGCCAUAUUGAUUGGUGUAUUAUGUAAAGUAGAGAAAGAGUGCUACUAUUGGAAUAGUGAACAGGACAAUGCACACUUGUUUGAAGUCACUGUUUAUUUCAUUUGGCAUUUGGUUUUCCAGAACAGAUGCUCCAUUUGUAUAAGUGUAUAAUAUCCUGUUGAAGCUUCGGCUUGAAAUUUUAUUGCUUCUAAAGCCCGUUGACUGUGAAUGAGUGAUGAAUUCUUUUAUUCUGGUCACAUCUCAUGGUAAUCUGUUAUGUGUUAUAUUUCUUCUAGGUAGUGAUAUGAGGCACACUACCAUGAGACGAGCCUGGAAUUUCUUUUUGCUUUAUUGAAUAAUUUUAAUAAAGGGGUAAAUUAGAUCGAAAAAAUUUAUGCUUUCUUUUCGUUUUCUUCUCAAGGGUUUUGCGUUUCACUAUUGGAACUAUUUGACUGGCAUGUUCGAUAGAUUCUUAUUGUAUAUACGAAGGUAAUUUUCUUGAAGUUGCUAAAUCCGGCAUUACAGAUCAAAAAGGUAUUCUAUGUAGUUGAAACAGAAAAUAAUGAUAAUAAACGUGUGACAAGAUCCCUUAGGAAAUUUCUCCACCAAUCAGAGAACAUAUUAGAGUAGUAUGAGGAGGAGCUUAACAUAACUUUUUCUCCUUCAUACCUUCUCCAAAAACCCAUCUUCAUAUUUUUAGUGGCCCUUCUUGGUUACACUGAGAGAUGAAGGGAGAGGGGGGGGGGGAUUGGGAGUUUUCUUCGACCAGUUUUGAGCUACCAUUCAAAUGAAACUUCCUUUUCUUUAAAUUUUAUUGUGAAAUAUGUGCACAAGACGUAAAGAUAUAUAUAUUCAGAUGGUGGAUUUUCGGAAUGCCCUGGGGUCGAACAAGGUUGAAUUUAAAUAAUUUAAGAUUAACAAUGUGAGAGGUCAAAUUAUGUUAUUUACGACGUCCUGAUGAGCUCAAGCUUUCUAUACUACUACUUUAGAACAGUCUUCAACGACAGGGACUGGGGAAAGAAACAUUAGAGCUUGGGAACAUGCUCAAUCACAGAGAACUCUGUAAAUAAAAAAUAAGAUUUUAUUUCUGAUAAAAGAAAAGUCAGCUGAAACUGGGGGCGUGCAGACCUUAUAUCCCCACGAAUGAUCAGGACAACGUGGAAUAUGAUGACAUGAAUGGGCAGUUUUGUGCAUGGCGGAAAUGGUAAUUAUAAUGCGAUGUAAAAUGCUCUCCUUUUAGACCACUAAACGCCAUAGAGAUAUAACCAGCUGUAUCAUAUAUUUCUUAUUCGUCUUAAACUGACUAAUCUGAUUUGUUUGAGCAUCACAAACCCCUAUGUCAAUUGUUUUCAUAUGGCCUUACUAGAUUUCAUAAUGAGAUGCAUCUAGUGAGGUAUAUAUCUCUUUUUAUCUGUUGUUUGAUAAGAUUUACCGUUGAUAUCAUGGAACUGUAUGAUACCUCCAUGUUUUAUUCUUGAAGCAUUAAUGCCUUAUUGUUUUAACUUCUUACAGCUCAGAGAUCAACAUUUUUCCGUAUCACCAUCAUAAAAUAGAUCAGCAUGUGGUGGCCUAAACGUUGAUGAUCUCUUCCUCUCUCUGUUUUAUUAUUAAUUCAUGCCUGCAAUUGUAUAUAUUGGGAUAAAAGGAGAGCAUCUUUUUGUGAUAUGAUUUUUACCCAGAUUGUAUCGUUCUUCAGUUCAUGAAGAUGCAUUUGCCUUUUGCUUUCGCAUAGUUUUUUUUUACUAUCAAAAGGCUUUUGCCAACCUUGUAAAUGUAUUCUACAGUUCCACGAACCAUUAGUUAUGAAUGAAAAGAAGAAGGUGAAAAAUGAAGGAAAGAACCUCACCUCAUAAUAAAAUGAUAGAUGGGAAUUGGGUAUUGAAGCGCAAAAGAAAGCGACCUUUAUGUCGCUCUGAUUUAUCCAAUGUAAAGGAAGGCAUUUCUGCCGAGUCAUCUGGGAAGGACCCAUCUAUAAAGCCAAGUGCCAGCAUUUCAAGGUCUGGACAGAAGAUAAAAGGAAAUGAUGGGGUAAGUUUGCUCUAUUUGUUGUGCUGUUUCUUUCAUCUGAUAAUGGAAUAUAAUUUGCAUUUAAUAUAUUCCUUAUCUCUCGAGCUCAUCAUGUAUCAGCAUUGUGGGUAAUUAUUUAUACACUACAUGAAGAAAAAUAGAGUGUACCAUAGAUAUCGUACGGUAUAGUUUAUGCAUUCAGUUUGGGAGAGAGAUCCUUGGAAAACAUUUGUUAUAUUAUCUGGUACCAAUGCUAGUUGUCGUAUACUUUACUUUUUUCGUUCUUUUGAUUCCUGCUUUUUGAAAUGGGAUUUUUAAACCAAUGAUAACAGUUAUUGCACCAGAUUUGACUUUUUUGAUUUAAGAAAUGAAUUCACCGCUCUUUGGGUAUACUGCAUUCAUCAAGCAAAAGAGAACGUGAAGAAAGGCUGCCCCAAAGAAAUUUGCUGCAUUCUGGAAUCUGCUACAUUCUGGAAUCUGUAGAUGAGUUGGCUAAGUAAAAUUUGGUGGAAUCUACGCUCCAGUAAUUUCUAGCACAACUGUCAAUAUGGAUUGAUGUUUUAUGUUACCAACAACAAUGGCAAAUAGAUUGUGUAUACAACAGCCGAGUACGAAGACUCAGAAAAUUGACGGAAACAAAUAAGAAGCCUUGGGAAAUUGGAAAUAAAGAGAAAGUCCCCUCUUGAUUCAAUACAUAGGAAGUGCAUACCGUUGGGCUGGAAAAUUCUGAAGUCGCUUAUAUUUGAUGUAUGCAGUCCUGAAGAUCUGGUUUCUUCUGUUAGAAUGACAUUUUUGGGAGGAGAUGCCUUUCAGUUUCAAUUUUCUGAUAUUCAUGACAAUGCGUGGUGCUCAUUGAUACUGUUGUGAGACCUUUCUAGUACACAGAAUAUGUUUAGUAAAUUGGAACAACUAGACUGUUUAGGAUCUUUACGUAAUGUUCAGUCUCUGUGAAUGUGUGCUAUUGGCCUCAUAUCUUGACCAACUAGUGUGCCAUUAUCUUAUGAUUGGAUUUCAUCUAUUUUAUUUAGUAUCAUAAUGAAGGGAAAUAAUGUUAAGUUAUCUGACUAUUUUUGUCCUCAAUGUCCUCAUUUGGUUGGCUGGGAUGUUCUGAAUUCUCGCAUGUCAUCAAUAGAUGUGCAUAGUCAAAAUACAUAGACUUAUGGCAUAAAUUCGUUAUCUUGUUUCAGAUUUUUAUUGGUAAUCACUGCAGAAUCUGCAGUUGACAGCUUCAGGACUUAGGCUUUUAAAUGCAUGUUUAUUUGGUCAGGAUUGUCUGUCUUUACAGAUGAUGAAGGAAUUCAAAUGGUUGUUGAAUUGUUCUUGUUUUAUUUUCAAUGCCUUGCAGUACUACUAUGAGUGUGAAGAAUGCAAUCUUGGCGGCAACUUGCUUUGUUGCGAUAGCUGUCCACGCACAUUUCACCUUGAAUGUCUUAAGCCACCCCUCAAGGUUUUUCUUCCUUGUUCUUAUUUAUUGGUGUCAUGUUACCUUCUGUUCUGAUUUCUGUUUAUUUCGAGUAAUGAGGCUGAAAUUUGAUUAAAAUAUUUUGCAUCUUGUAAGCGUGCUCCACCUGGGAAGUGGCAUUGUCCAAGUUGUUAUGAACAGAAGAAUUCAGGGAAUCUAGCUAGUCAUACUGAUUCUGUUUCAAAGAGAGCAAGAACUAAAGUCGCUGUUGGGAAAUCAAUGUCCGACCUUGGAUUAUCUGGUUCCGAGAAAGCAUCAUCAGUCGGAGGAAGCUCCAGUCCUGGGAAAUUUAGGGGCACUAUCAAAGGGAAAUCCAUCCUUUCUCAUACAACUUCAUCAGCAGAGAAAAAAUCUCAUUACUCUCAUGGAGAUACUUUACGUAGUACGAAGUUAGGUCGCACAUCUGUAAGUGGAAACAGAGAUGGAACGCCAAUGGUCCUUGAGAAGAAAUCCAGGCGGACCUCUGACUCGAAGACUAGUUCUCCCUACAGGGAAAUCGAGUCUCCAUCUGAAAAUUUGGAUGCGGAUGGAAGUGACAAAUCUAUUGAUACAAAGUCUGACAUCUGUAAAAAUGGUUCUGUCGGAAAUAAACUUAUUGCUUCAUUCGGUCAAUCCAUUCAGAAGGCCAGGAAAAAGAGGAAAAAGAUAAUAAAAGAAGACGAGAAAAACAAACCAAUAUUUGUGAAGGACAAAGAUCCUGUAUUGCCUGUACGAAAGCCCUUUGUGAAAGAAUCAUCUUCGAAUGCUGAGAUGCCUAGACCUCGUCAAAAGCGAAGUUCAGCAAUUCAUCGCGUUUCUUUUUUCGUGGAGAAUUCUGAGGUGCAGAAAGAACAGGUAUUAGGCACCUCUUCAUUUUGUUUUAAAAAUCCGUCAUGUCCUGUCUCUGUGCAUACCUUAUGGCAUAAACUAAGAAUAAGCUAAGAAUAAUGGCGCUAUUUCUGGAUUCUAUUGUUGUCACAGGUUUUUCAUUGGCAUUGAUAUGUUUCUUAUCAAUUAGUAAAUUGACCAGUCAAAGAUUUUACUUCCAAAGAACAUGGCUAAAACGGUUGAGUGGAGAAAACCUAGCGGGGUUGAGUUUUUCCGAUAAGUUUUUUGAUGUAGAAUAUUGCAUACUUUCUGUCAAGAUAGGUAGUAGAAACCUUUUUUUAAUUUUUUAUUUUGAAUUAGGAUAGUCCUGGACUAAGCAUCGGAUUCAGGGAUAAGUUGUAGCCACCUCUAAAACCCAGUGGUGUCUCAUAAGUCCACAUUCAACCGUAUAUACAUAGGCGGUCAAUAAUCGAUCAUAACAAUAGUUUUGAUGGUGAUGAAGAGAACUUUUGAUCCUCAAGAAACUUAUUCAUUAACAAUUUUACCAUUCCCCUGUAACAUGAUCUCCUCUUUUCUUCUUUUUUAUUUUUUCUUUUUAAAUUACCCUUUGUGUCCAGAAUCUUCAGCUUCAUUCUAUGAUUUUAAGAUGAGCUUUUUUUUUUAAUUUGAUGAUUGGCAUGAAGAUUGUGCUCACCAAGUCAUGUCAUUAUGAAUUGACUUGUCGUUCAAUUAUUUUUAAGAUAAAUUGUACCCGGUUCAAUUUGUUAGGAAAAUGAUUCUUAUCCAUUUAUGAUUUUUACUUUUCAAGUGAUGAAUAUUGCAUCCAAAAAUAGCGAUUUAAUGUAGCUUUGCUAUGUUAACAAAAUUUCACCUCUUUCUAUGUCUUUUAUGAUAUGUAGACGGCCUUUUUCGGUAACUUCGGCUACCGUACAUAAAAUGCUUUCUGGAAUACCUUUUUUAUGGCACUUGUGAUCACAAACUUUCUUAAUUGUAAAUUACUCUCUGCUUGAGCUAGGUAAUUCCUGAAAGAGCAUCCAACGCAACAAGUUUGAUGACUGACCAGAAAGAUGCUGCUGAAAAAUCACUCGCAUAUGACCCUGCCUUUCAAGAUGCUCAGCAGGUAAAUGAACUAGCGAUGGUGAAGUUGCCCAUUAUCACUAUCACAAAAGAUCAUGUCAAAUUAAAGCUCUAACUCGUUUUAUGAAGCUUUACAACAAAUUAAUAUCUCUGUGCAAGCCUGCAUGGCUCGCUUAUACCAUUGCAGCGUACAUGUGUAAUCUAUAACCAUAGCAGUUCAGUGUAGCCGUCUGAUGCAACUACUUGCAACAUAUUUGACAUUAGUAUCAGAGUAGCCAUUAGCCUUUCUGUCUUAUGAAUCUUCCAUGCAUUUAAUUGUUCUCCUUCUUUUGCCUAAAAGGUUGACCGCAUACUGGGAUGUCGGGUUCGAGGAAAUGAUGCGAGUUCGAGUUUUAUUGAGCUGAGUAAAUCUUCUUCAAAACCUAAGCGUGUAGAAUCACCAAUAAAUUCAGGGAAUGAUAGAGGUGGCUUAGUCUCAGAUGAGAAAGAUGGCAAGGGUAUGGUGGAUGAAGAAUGCUGCAGUACUGCAAGCCAGUUAAGUGUGGUGAAAGAUAUCAAUAAUGAUCUUUCAACGCUAGAACAUAUUGAUAGACAAAGUCUAGCUGAAAAAAGUGAUGAACCUAAGAAGGUGUCAACCGGUUCUAUUGAUAAUAACUCAGAAAAAGACGACGAUUCUCCAGAGGAAUCUGGUGUUGACGGAAAUGAUGUGGUAGAACAUGCAGAAAAGAUUUUAGAAGGUAAGGAUGGAAAUGCUGAGGUUAAUACUCUCGACAUGCAGAAUAAUUUACCGCCACAAGAGCAGAGGCCAUUUACUAUGACCUCUGAGUCUAAGGACUUAGAUGACGUAACUUUGGAGUCCCAGUCGAAUGCCAUGGCAGAAAAUGGUAAAUCAAAGGUUAAGCUGGCUGACUCUUUUGCGGUUGUCAAGGAUGAUCUUACUUAUGAAUUUUUUGUCAAAUGGGUUGGCCAGUCAAACAUUCACAACAGUUGGAUUCCCGAGUGCCAAUUAAAAGUUCUUGCAAAAAGAAAACUGGAGAAUUACAAGGCAAAGUAUGGAACGGCUGUCAUAAAUAUUUGUCAGGAACAGUGGACUCAGCCUCAGCGUGUCAUUGGGGUCCGAGAAUCUAAGGAUGGUGUAAAAGAGGCAUUUAUUAAAUGGCGGGGACUUCCUUAUGAUGAAUGCACGUGGGAAAGAUUAGAUGAGCCUGUUAUUAAAAAGUUUGUUCAACUAAUUACAGAAUUUGAUCAGUUCGAAUCUCGUACUCUGCACAAUGUGAAGUUCAAUUCUGUAAGGAUAAAUGGUGAUGGUCUAGAUGUGAUUUCUCUCGUAGAGCAGCCCAAAGAACUUCAAGGAGGUUCAUUAUUUCCACAUCAGUUAGAAGCACUAAAUUGGCUGCGCAAGUGUUGGCACAGAUCUAAGAAUGUAAUCCUUGCAGAUGAGAUGGGAUUGGGAAAGACUGUAUCUGCUUGUGCAUUCAUUUCGUCUUUGUACUGUGAGUUUAAAGCUAAACUGCCAUGCUUGGUCUUGGUUCCACUCUCAACGAUGCCCAAUUGGCUUGCCGAAUUUUCAUUAUGGGCUCCUCAUCUUAAUGUUGUGGAGUAUCAUGGCUGUGCAAAAGCCAGGUCAAUAAUCCGUCAGUAUGAAUGGCAUGCUAGUGAUUCUGACGGUCACAGAAUAACUAGCGCAUACAAAUUUAAUGUCUUGCUGACCACCUACGAGAUGGUGCUUGCUGAUGCGUCUCAUCUUCGCAGUGUAUCUUGGGAGGUUCUUGUGGUUGACGAGGGGCACCGUCUGAAGAAUUCUGGGAGUAAACUUUUCAGUUUGCUCAAUACGUUUUCUUUCCAACACCGAGUAUUGUUGACUGGGACACCUCUACAGAACAAUAUUGGCGAGAUGUAUAAUUUGCUGAACUUUUUGCAGCCAGCAUCUUUUCCUUCGCUCUCGGUGUUUGAGGAUAAGUUUAAUGAUCUUACAACUGCAGAAAAAGUUGAGGAACUGAAAAAACUUGUUGCUCCACAUAUGCUUCGUCGGCUAAAGAAAGAUGCAAUGCAGAAUAUCCCUCCCAAGACUGAGCGCAUGGCUCCUGUUGAGUUGACGUCUAUCCAGGCAGAAUAUUACCGAGCAAUGCUUACAAAGAAUUAUCAAAUCCUGCGUAAUGUAGGAAAGGGGGUUGCCCAGCAGUCGAUGUUAAACAUUGUUAUGCAGCUUCGGAAAGUCUGCAAUCAUCCUUAUCUCAUUCCAGGGACUGAACCUGAUUCUGGGUCAGUGGAGUUUCUCCAGGAAAUGCGGAUAAAGGCAUCAGGAAAGUUGACCUUGCUACAUUCUAUGCUCAAAAUAUUGCACAAAGAGGGUCAUCGCGUCCUUUUAUUUUCUCAAAUGACAAAACUUCUUGAUAUACUUGAAGAUUAUCUUACCAUAGAAUAUGGACCUAAAACAUUUGAAAGAGUGGAUGGGUCAGUAUCAGUGGCAGAUCGUCAAGCAGCGAUAGCUCGAUUCAAUCAGGAUAAGUCUCGUUUUGUGUUCUUGUUAUCUACGCGCUCUUGUGGUCUGGGAAUUAAUUUGGCUACUGCUGAUACUGUUAUAAUCUAUGAUUCUGAUUUCAAUCCGCAUGCCGAUAUUCAAGCAAUGAACCGAGCACACCGUAUUGGACAAUCAAAUCGGCUUCUAGUUUACAGGUUGGUUGUUCGAGCUAGUGUUGAGGAGCGCAUUUUGCAACUGGCUAAGAAGAAGUUAAUGCUCGAUCAACUUUUUGUCAACAAAUCAGAAACUCAGAAGGAAGUUGAAGACAUUCUUCGGUGGGGAACUGAAGAGCUUUUCAGUGAUUCGGAUGGGUUAGCAAAGGAUCAAAAUGAGCCAUGCAACUACAAAGUGGAAGCUGUUACAGAUGGUGAGCCAAAGAAUAGAAGAAGAUCUGGUGGUCUGGGGGAUGUGUACCAAGAUCGGUGUACAGAUGUCGGCAACAAGAUUGUAUGGGAUGAUAAUGCAAUAUUGAAAUUGCUGGAUCGUUCUAAUCUUCAGGCUGCUGCUUCAGAAAGCACAGAUGCGGAUUUGGAAAAUGAUAUGCUCGGCUCUGUCAAGGUAUUCCUUUUUCCAGAUCCUUAUGUUAUGCCUAAAAGUUACAUUCUUGCGACUCCCAACCUCUGUUAUUGCACAUAUUAUGGUGUAAAUUCUAAGUCACGAAUUUUCUAUCAGCGCCAACAGAAAUUUUCUGUCAGUCCAUACGUACUGCUUGAUGAAAGUAGAACAAUGUCACUAGAAUUCCAUUCAUUAGAAUAUGUUACAAUUAUUGAUUAUCAUAGGCACGCAUUAUAUUUUUCACAUAGGCUCUGUCCUGUAUGUAAUCAUAAUCAUGCAUUAUAGCUCCCUCUCUUCUGUCUUCCACCACGUGAAAAACAUAUCACAUGUUGAGCACUAAAGACUCUUGGAUGACGCUUCCAAAUCCUAUGAAUUUAUCUGUUUACAAUAUUUCCGGCCACAUCUGCAGCGUUUCGUAUGCGUGUGGAUACGCUUCUCUUGUUGUUUUCCGGUGUAACUUAAGGAUCAGGUGGCAUCUACUAGCUAUGGCUCGUAGAUGGAGGUAUUGAUGGAGGUUGGUGCACGAUUUCAUCAUCAGGGAAAAAAAUUUGACUAAAAGGGACUGGGCGCAAAGUUUCCAUUCGAUAAGAUUGAAGUUUUGUUGAAUGUGAGCGAAUAAUUCUUGGAAUGAAAGGUAAGACGCGGUACAUGCCUCAAAAUAUUUUAAAAUUUUUAAAUGGGAUGGAUUACUUGUUCAGAUGCUGAGGGAAAAACAGAUAUAUACUGACAGCGGUAUUAGAAAAACUCCUGCAAUUGAAAGAAAACUGCUACGUUCAUCUCUUUAACCCUUACAUCCCCACAAGACGCCCAAAACUUUGAAUAAAGCUGUGCUUCGGGGAAAACAUCAAUUAUAGGAUGACCAAAUUAGAUGGUCUUUAUUAGUCAAUUUAGAUAUCCCCUCGUUCUACUUUAUGUGCUUAGAAUCACGUCUGAUAUUAGUAACGUAAAAGAAAAUAGCACAUUUUUCAAUAGAAGAUGCCAGAUAUACCAUUAAUAUGGGAUCCAAUGGGAAGGAGAAUUGUUUACUGGGUAAGUUUGAUAUUUGUGUAAACGAGGGUCUCCAUUGUCAUAAUUUUGAAUCAUCUUUCUGCACAGCUAUAUUUUCAUCGGGAAUCGAUUCUCUAUCCGGACACAUCCAGAGGUGGAGUUGUGAAAGUGAUGGCUAUCAGUGUUUUGUAGCUGAUUGGAUAACACUAAAUGACCACAUUCUUGCUUGACAAGCAGAAAUGUUAUGGCUAAUCUGAACAGUUUUGCUCUGUGUGAGAAAGGUAGCUGGAUCAUCUUACUGCCUUUUCAUGCCUAGACUGCUGAAAUACCAGUGACGAAUCCAUUAAGAAUUUCUGUUGUUAUCCUUAAAAUAAAGACAGGGUUUUCUAUUAGGAGUUGUUUUCUACUAUUAUGGGGUGUUUUUCUUGGCUUGGGGUGCACGAAUUCAUGUACUUCCUGUGACACAUGUCUUGCUAAUUAUUGCCUGUGAUAGGGUUGCUGCUAUCAUGUUAGACUACCUUUUCAAGUUUUGUUGUUGUGGAGGAAAUUGGAAACGACCUCCUAGUUUAGUAAAAAUGAAGACUGCUUGAAUAUCUAAGGUAUUCAAAGGGAUGUGAAAUGCUAGAACCAGAAAUUGAAUAUAAUAUAUCACAACGAAAGUUUACGCAGAAGUUACGAAUAAACGAUGUACAGUUCAUGAUAGCUGAAGUAUGCAAGUACUGGUCUGACUUAUUCCUGACGAACAGAAUUUCUGAAAUUAUAGGCAUCUUUUUACAUGCUAUAGGACAAACCUUCUGGAUGAAUAGAACAACAUUCACAUCUUGAAGCUUCCUGAUAUAUCUUCUCAGAGGGGUUUUUAAAUUCUUGUCCUUCUACCCAUACAUCAAAGGCGUGUUCCACUCUUUAGCUCUACAGUUCUUAUUUCUCCAUUUAUCUGCCCUGAAAGGUUGUCUAUCUGAAAAAUUCUUCAAUGCCCUUGCGAUUUCUCGUACUGUGAAUUAUUUUUUUCCUCAGAAUUAGAAUGAGAACUUAUGAGGUCACAUUUUCUCAUCUAGUUCUUUCUGGGCCUUGCUAUGUGACAUUUUUUUACCUACCUUUGUUCUUUCAAGUUUUACAAAAUCUGAUUAUUUUAGUAAUGAAAGUUAGCAGGUGUACUUCAGUUUUUAUAGUUCAUACCUAAGUCGUAUUUCAGUCUUAAGUUUUCAAAAUUUGUAGUAAAUUUCUUUCCUUUAUCUUUUUAUUUGGCUUUAUUAAUAGGUGUUGUUAUUAUUGGGGUAAGUUCCUUUCUAGCGGUCUACAAUGUCUGUUGUUGAACGGUUUUAACUGGAUGCGGAGAAAAUGGAGCUCAAAAUUUAGUUGUCUUUUUUGUCAAACAACUUUGGCAGUCUUCAACUCAACUUGAAUAUCACAUAUGCUCCGUUGUUCUUUUAGUCUUUUCCUGUUUUAUUUGUUUCACGUUAUAUUACCCUUGACCACUAUCUUAUCUAUCAGUCGUUAGAAUGGAAUGAUGAUCUGACUGAAGAGCAAGGGGGGCCUGAAACAGUCGCACAUGUAGCGGGUAAUGACAGUGUGCAGAUUUUUGAUGCAAAGGAAGAUAAUACAGUUUCCAAUACAGAAGAAAAUGAAUGGGACCGGCUUUUGCGCGUUAGGUAAUUCUUAGUUUUCUCCGGCAUCAAUUCUUGCAAUCAGUUUUUUUUUGCAUCAGUUCUGGAUAAGUGCCCAUAUCAAUUCUAUAGUAUUUUUUGCAUAAUUAUCGUUUUUUUAUAUAUUUUAUUUGGUGAUAUGCUUCACUUCGUCCACUCCUACCUCAGACAUGCAAAUGCAGAAGCACAAUAGCAUAUCACUUGUAUGAUUUAAUAUGGGCAUUUAUUCAUGUUCUUUCAUUUUUCUUAAUUUAGUAUUUUUAAUUUUAUCCGGUAAUAUUAUAAAUCAUAUGUUGGACACUCGCAUGCAUGUAAUUUCUUCUAUUUGUUCCAACAUGUACUGAAAGGAGUUUUCCAUUCAUCUGAAAAGGACCACUAUCCGCCUCAUAGAUCAUUAAUUUUCUUUUUUUCAAGUUGUAGUUUUUUUGUCGAAUUUUAUUUUUGAAAAUUUUCUUUGUGUGAGUUUGGGAUUCAAUGUAGUGGUAGCUUCGUUAUUAAGAAAAAAAAAAACAAGCUAUUGGAAAUAUUUGUCAGUGUGACCAUUAGAAGUAGAUAUUGGCAAACCAAAUAUGAAUGUCUCUUAGCUUUGUCACUUUUACUGAAAUGAUGUAGAAAUAUGCAUAAAUUAAGUGGUACGGACUUCAUUUUGCCUGAAAAAUAUUGUACUAUGAAAAGUGGGUUCCUCACAUUUCGGAUGUAAGCCAUGCCUGUUUCUUUCGUAGUAUUAUUUUAAUUAAGACAAACUAUUAUGUUGAAAGAUCACAUCAUUAGCAGUUCUACAAUCUAUUUGUAUUUUUUUUUCUAUUUUUUUCUUUCCACUAAUGUUUUUCCUUUCCAAUCUAUUGAUAUCCAUGACGCAGGUGGGAGAGGUACCAAAAUGAGGAGGAAGCAUCCCUUGGUCGCGGCAAGCGCUUGAGAAAAGCUGUAUCCUAUAAGGAAUCUUUUGCUCAAAUUACAAGUGAAGCAUUGAGUGAGGUAAAUUUUCAGUUCUCAUUUAAGUUUGGUUCUGUAAUAUUCCUUUUUUGUGCUUCUACUCCUUAUGGAUGUACAGGUUUUGAUUUUCCUACGUUUUCUCUACGGUCUGUUAACCUGAUCUUUCCCUGGAAAUGGACUCAGAUCAAUUUCUCUACGGAACUAAUGCAUGGAAAUAACCGAUAAUGGAGGGGGGUUAUCAGGAUGAUACUAUAAGGAACAUAAAUUAAACAAUGAGCAUAAGUUUGGAAUGGUUUCCUGCAACCUGUGAGUCAUUUUGUUGUCAGAAAAGGGAUUCAAAAUGUGUUCAACUCAGGUUGGAGAUGUAACUGGCGCAUUGUUUUAGCACAACUCCAGCCAGGCUGGCAGGAAGUAUCUCAAGGGCUUAUUGUCUGGAACUCUAUAUUUUUGCUUGAAACGAAUGGUCCUUUCUUACACUAUGUUUACACCCCUUUCUCCCAUGCGGAGUCACAGGCAGCGCCCCAGAAAAAAGCACGGACGAGCCACAUGCAGGGAAACAUGUUAUAAGACGAUGUGCUCUGAAUAACACUGCUCCGUAGAAACUUAUAAGACGAGGAGCUUAACACUUUAACACCCCAAUGCCUUAUAGAACAGGGAGAAGGAAUGUUUUAGUAAAUUUUGUUCAGUGAAUCAUACGGCUAAAUACAUGUUAUAAGACUAUUUGGGAAACAUGCGAAUGCAGUCGUUCACCAUUGUAAUCUGUUAAAUGUAGAUACGUUAUAUGUGAACGUGUAUUGGAUUGUAGCCUUCAUGUGAUUGAGCAUAGUUCUUAAAAAUACUUGGCAGUUCUGAACUACAUGUGAUCAUACUCUGUGUUUCCUAAGUAAAAUAUGGAAAUGCACUCGCAAAUUGAUUAUUGCCGGUCAUAAUACAACUGCUUGGCUGUCAGAUGAAUGGUCUGAGAACUGCAAAUCUUCUGUUGGUCUCUCAGUACUUUCGUCAAACAUUACUGCUUCAGGCUCAUAACGUGGAGUCUGUGGCAUACAUUUUAUCCUCUCACCCUUUGAGCUAAUCAGAUAUACCCAGGUCCAGUAUUCCCUCGAAAUUAUGGAAGAGAACAUCAUUUGAACUGGAUCACCGGUACAUCCUCACUCCCUUCUGUCACUGAGCUCUCAUCUUCUCUUAGGUCUCUCCAGGCAAUUAUACCUCAUGCCCAUCAACUCUGUUGGGGGAGUCCCAAGCCUGAUCUCAACCCACAGAAGCAAGGAAUGCAUGUGUUUCAUUCUGUCAGUCUCCAUCUGAGUCUACUUUUGCUGGGAAUAUAUCUAAAGCCUUUUCAUGGCUUGGACUGAAUGUUUUCAACCGUGUCUGCAAAUCUCUCAGUGAGCAAAUGGAGGUUCACUGCUAUCUGGAAACAAUUGGUGUAAAUAUUUUAUAGGAUUCCCACCUGUGUGGGAAUCCUCAUCCCCAGUCUUUCUCACUGGACGAGAGACAACAUCAGUAAACUGCAUAAGUUGACUUAUCCAACUUACUCUUAUAAAAAUAACGGGUGCAUAUGAUGAUGGCAUCAGCCCAAUAAAUUAAGAAGGGGAAUUCUACUUGUCAAAAUUUCACUCAAUGGGCGCCCUUUACCUUGGAGAGUGAACGACAGUCUUUUAUACGGAUCUUUUAGUAUAUAAUUAAUUUAACUGUGUUACAGUUGGUUGAUUUACUGGAACAUUGGUCACUAGAUAGGCGUAUGUGCAAUACUCGGUGUGGUUGACUAUGUGAACAUCUCGUUUGUUAUUUAUUUCUUGACAGAGUGGAAAUGAAGAAGACGAGCCAGUUCCCGAAUACACGCCUGCUGGCCGGGCCUUCAAGGCAAAAUUGUAUGUCUACUAGAUCUUCAGUUUCUUCAUGUACUUGGUUUAGAUUACCACUGACCGGCCUCUUCAAUGACAGUGCAAAGCUCCGAGCAAGACAGAAGGAGCGGCUCGCCCUGAGGCGUACUGCAGAGGUUCCAUGUUCGACUGAGACCCUCAGUGGAGUUGAUGUGCCGCCGCAAUUAGUCCCACCUCCCAAUGAAGGGGAUGCUACCCUAAUCGCCAGCAGGCCUGGGGAAGCUGUCGUGGACCAGAUACCGUCCUGUGAUUUGGGAGAAAACAAAACAGCUCAGCCAUCUGAAGCUCUUCAUGGUAGGAAUUCUGUGAAGUUGGGCAAAACCCUGAAGCAUGGGCACAGAAGAUUUCACAGCAGUCAUGUGGAUCCUUCUGCGAAGCCUCUUGAGAUGUUUGCCCCAGAAAAUUAUUCUUCAAGCUCCAAUUUCCCUAAUGCGGUCACUAACAAUGAUCACUUGCCUGUCCUGGGAUUAUGUGCUCCAAAUGCGCAUAAACUAGAGUCAAUGUCUCAGAACUUCCACACUUUUCUCAGCAUACCCGUGCCCAAUUUUGAAGAAAGAAGAUCAAGCAUGGGUCCCCCUGAAUUUCCAUUUCCAUCUCUCAAAGAUCGACCGAUUCCCGUGGACACCUCUAUGUUGCCAGACAUGUUUCCAGACACUAUCAAUCGCCAUCUGAAGAGUAUUGCCUCUGGAAGCUACUUCCCCUUCAACCCUGUACUCUCCUCUAAACACUCCCUCGUUUUUAUGGCAAAACCGCUUGUUCUAUGCAUCUAAUAAUGAGAUUUUUUUUUUUUUUCUGCAAUGCCCUCCUCUGGCUUCUCAGGGAAAAGCUUCUGCAGAACACAAGGGCGAAGCAGGCUCUUCUGUCUCUUCAUUUCAAGAAAAAAUCAUGCUUUCUGGCUUAUCGCUUCAGGAUGAAAUGCUCCCCAAGUUCCCAUUUCCUCAUCUGCUCGGAUCCAAGUCACUCUCAGACAUACUGCCAAGCCUGUCCUUGGACAUGAAAGCAGAGAACCUGGCUACGCCAUUGCAAGAUCCCCCCAGCCUUCCGGCCGUGCCAAGUUUCAGUCAGCAUCUGGGUGAGAACCCACGACAGAAGCAAGUAGGAGACCUGCCUCCUACACUGGCUCUCGGGCAGAUGCUGCCGCCCCUCUCCUCAUUGCCGGAGAACCACAGAAAAGUGCUGGACAAUAUCAUGAUGAGGACGGGAUCUGCAAGUGGCAAGGUUUCCAAGAAGAGGCUGAAGGUGGAGUCGUGGACGGAAGAUGAGCUUGAUGCCCUCUGGAUUGGUGUCCGCCGGCACGGGCGGGGCAACUGGGAGACCAUGCUGAGGGACCCAAAGCUGAAAUUCUCCAAGCACAGACUGCCCGAAGACUUAUCGUCAAGGUGGGCAGAGGAGCAGGUCAAGAUUUUGGAUGGGCCCUCCCACCCCACGUCGAAAUCUUCUAGCUCUGCAUUUCCGUCCAUCUCCGAUGGGAUGAUGACGCGGGCGCUGCUGGGGAGCAGAUUCGCAGGCACUGGUGCAGAGCCGCCCAAAUUCCACUCCCACUUGACAGACAUUCGGCUGGGCUGCGGCGAUCUAAUAGCUAACCUGCCCAGCAGUGAGCAUGCGGAGAAUCUCGGGCCGUCGGGUUCCAAGAACUCUUCUUUUCCGCCAUGGCCCCCAGAGAAGAUCAUGUCCAAGUUUCCUGCUGAUUUUGCUGCCGGCCCAUCUGACAGACUCAGCAGCGCGGGUCUGCCUUUCUCUGGUAGUAGCCUGAGCUCUCUGGGCUUGAAGGGCUCAGGUAGCUCCGAUCCACGGCAAAGCGAAGAGGGUCGGAGUUCGAGUAGACACUGGAGGCUGCCGAAUCCGCUGGACAGUGCUCUGAACAUGCUGCAGGAGAUCAGGGGUGGUGAAGAAUCCAACCCAGGAGGAGGGUCCUCUUCUGAACCUGAUAAAAACCCAGGCAAGUCAAAUGA